AUGAGCGUGCCGCUGCUGAAGAUCGGGGCGGUGCUCAGCACCAUGGCCAUGGUGACCAACUGGAUGUCCCAGACACUGCCCUCUCUGGUGGGACUCAACGGGACCACCGUCUCCCGAGGGGGCACCUCCGAGAGGAUCGUCAGCGCUCUCUAUCCUAGCCCAGAGGAGGGCUGGCAGAUCUACAGUUCAGCUCAGGAUGCAGAUGGGAAGUGUAUCUGUACAGUAGUGGCCCCGGCCCAGAACAUGUGUAACCGAGACCCACGCAGUCGGCAGCUCCGCCAGCUCAUGGAGAAGGUCCAGAACAUCACCCAGUCCAUGGAGUUGCUGGACCUGCGGACCAACAGGGACCUUCAGUAUGUGAGGAACACAGAGAGCCUGAUGAAGGCUGUAGACGUCAAGCUGAAGACUGCCUCAGACAACCCCCGAAGCCUCAACCCCAAGAGCUUACUGGAGUUGAAGAACAAGGUGACCCAGCUGCUCCCCCUGCUGCCGGUGUUGGAGCAGUACAAGACGGAUGCCCGUCAAAUCAGCCGGGUGAGGGAGGAGGUGAGGAACCUGUCGCUGGUGCUCAUGGCCAUCCAGGAGGAGAUGGGAGCCUACGACUACGAGGAGCUGAGACACAGGGUCCUGCUGCUGGAGACCAGGCUCCACUCCUGCAUGCAGAAACUGGGCUGUGGGAAAUUGACCGGCGUCAGUAACCCCAUCACCAUCCGUGCGUCAGGGUCAAGAUUCGGCUCCUGGAUGACUGACACCAUGAUCCCUAGUUCAGACAACCGGCUGCUUUUCCAGCACCACCCCGGCUCCUGUCCUCCCUCCCUCCGGGGAUCAGCCUGA